CCUUCUGGGAAAGGAAGACAAACCUUCCAUACUGAAAUUCUUAACGUACCGACUCCUAUCAAGUGAAUUGGAGGAUGAAGAAACCGGGCAUAGUUACUAUAGUAGUGAACUGCACACAAUCAGUUUGCAUUACCCUAACGCGAGUUCCGAUAUUGGACGGAAAAUAGUGCUGUGCUGCAGUGGGAAACGCUUUGGCAUGUUGGUGCGCACCAAAUCGUGUGUCUGUGUGCAGGCAGCGCCCACACGGCCUACUUUGUGGGUUGCGGCUCACAAAUGGAAACGCUUCGGCUUGUCCGUGAUUAUGAGAUACUUGCCUUUUAGGCGAAGCCCGAUAAGUUCUCACGUUUCCAUCUUUUUGCAAUCCAUACAAGAAAACCAGAAAUUCGAAACAGAUAAGGCAGUUCUGGGAACUCCAUAUGGCGAAGGAAAAAGCUGCUUUGGAGAACCAAGCAACAAAAAGGAUAUCCGAAAUACAGUCAUCCAUUCCACUGCUGUCUCGGAACUUGCACGGAGUAAGAUUACAUUAGCGAUCCAGGAAUCAGAUCCAUUUAAUAUUAACCGUGAGUGUGCUGAUUGCAACACUGCUGAGAGAGGCGAAACCCUCAGAAAUGCGACAGAGAUCAUCCAUACGGACAGUAGUCCUCGAUGCGCAACUAAAGCGCAAAUCUACAAGUGGUAG